AAUAUCUAAUUUUUAUGUGAAAAAGAUAUAAUAUGCUAGCUAUAUAAGAAUCAUCAAGAAGAGAUCAUCUUCUUCGAGCUUCAUCAUCAUCAUCAUCAUCAGCGAUUUUCUCUGUCUCCAUUCUGCGAAAACACUUUUCGACUCUCAAUAAUCGGAUUCCUUCUCUUCCAUUAGCUUAAGUUUCGAGGUCCGAUGGCUGCUACAUCCGUCCAUGAUUUCACCGUCAAGGAUGCGAAGGGAAAUGAGGUGGAUCUAAGUAGUUACAAGGGGAAGGUUCUCUUGAUUGUCAACGUUGCUUCUCAGUGUGGCUUGACCAAUUCCAACUAUACUGAGCUUGCCCAGCUCUAUCACAAGUACAAAGAUCAUGGGUUUGAGAUCCUUGCAUUCCCUUGUAACCAGUUUGGGAAUCAAGAACCUGGUUCUAAUGAAGAGAUUGUUCAGUUUGCUUGUACCCGUUUCAAGGCUGAGUACCCUAUUUUCGACAAGGUUGAUGUGAACGGUGACAAGGCUGCUCCAAUCUACAAGUUUCUCAAAUCAAGCAAAGGCGGGCUUUUUGGAAGCGGCAUCAAGUGGAACUUCUCCAAGUUCUUGGUUGACAAAGAUGGAAAUGUAGUUGACCGCUACGCUCCAACCACUUCUCCUCUCAGCAUCGAGAAGGACCUGAAGAAACUGUUGGGAGUUACUGCUUAAAACGAACAACGAAGACGCCAUUACUCAUUAGGAGUCCAAUAAAAAGCUCAUAGUAUUGUAUUUAUCAAUACUGUAAUAUAUCUCUUGAGUUCGCAAGUGUCUUUUGGAUUAGUUGUUUCCUAUCACUUAAAUUCGUUUGUAUUAACGGAUAAUGUGUAAUAUGCUCUCCUUUUCAUAAAGAUGGAUAUCAUAGAAAAAUGUUGUUUUAAAAA